GGCCGAGCAAUGCGUUCCAAUACAAGCAGUUUAGAUGAAAACUCGUUAGCAGAUCUUAGAAAAGUUCUUAAAAAUAACAUACUGAAUAAUAAAGAAUGUACAGGUUAUAUUAAAGAAAAAAGUGAAGUAUUACAAUUGAUCCAAAGAACAGUUCAAUGUGGAGAAUCAAAUUCAGCCUUGUUAAUAGGAUCUCGAAGUUCUGGGAAAACAAUGAUGGUAAAUCAAAUUUUAUCAGAAUUACAAUCCAUAUCGACCUUUACAAAAGAUUCAAUUGUAGUAAAAUUGCAUGGGUUGGUACACACAGAUGACAAAUUAGCAUUAAAAAGCAUAACAUACCAAAUGAAGUUAGAAAAUGUUGUUGAUGGCAAAGUUUUUGGAACAUUCGCAGAAAAUUUAUCAUUUUUGUUAGCUUGUUUACGAACUGGAGAAAAGCAUACUUCAAAGAGUAUUAUUUUUAUCCUAGACGAGUUUGACCUAUUCUGCUUUCAUCACAAUCAAACGUUAUUGUAUAAUUUGUUUGAUGUUUCACAGUCAGCUCAGACACCAGUCUGUAUUUUAGGAAUAACUUGUCGUCUUGAUGUUCCAGUAUUGUUAGAGAAACGUGUGAAAUCUAGAUUCUCACACAGGCAAAUAAUCUUAGUUGCUGGCCCAGAUGACCCUAAUAAGGCUCUUGAGUAUAUGUUAGAUAGAGUGAGAUAUUAUUUAGUAUUGCCAGAUAAAUGCCGUAGUGAUCUCAGCAAGUCAUUUAAAAAGUAUUGGAAUGAAACUGUGGUAGAAAAAUUAAUAAAAGAUAAAAAAUUUAAGCAACUUAUUCAAAGGUUGGUGGAUAUAGAUGUAAAUGAAUCAACUCUGAAGAAUAUAUUAAUUAAAAUCAUAUUUAAUAUAAAGGGACCACUUACAAUAAAUGAUUUUCAAGAAGAAAUAAAUGCACUGGAAAUAGAUGAAACAGUACUUAUUUUACAAGAUCUGAGCAUUCUAGAAUUGUGCCUUUUAAUAGCUAUGAAACAUCAUGCUGAAAUAUAUCAAGGAAAAGCUAUGAAUUUCGAGAUGAUUCUAUCUAGAUAUAACAAGUUUGUCAAGUGUAACUCCAAUAUUCAAAAUUUUCCAAGAUCUGUAAUCAUGAAAGCAUUUGAACAUAUACAGAGUUUAGAAUUGAUUUCAAUGAUAAGUGGAGGUGGAUCUAAAACCCAAAAGGAAUAUAGAUUCUUUGAAUUGCUCGUGAUGCCUACACAGAUUAGUGAAGCAAUUAAGAAAAAUCCUGAAGUACCAACCGAAGUAGUCCAGUGGGCCAAUUCUUCUUUAACUUAUGGUUAAACUGUAAUAACGCCAAAGUUUACAGCAGAAGAGUUAGUAGAUUUUUGAAAUAAAAUAUCAAAUAAACUUUAGGAGAAUAAAAAUUUAAUGCAACUAAUAGUUUGCCAUAUAUGAUUAUUCCAUGAGUUAUAAAGAUACAUUAUAUUCUGAGUUUAUAAGACGCGGUCUGGAAUUAUUUCUUUUUUUGCUUUUCGUUUGCAAUUGCGACAUACAUUAUCAAAGACGACACAAUAGUUGGAGUUGUUUUCCUCUCAGUUGAAAAAGAAGUCAACUAUGACCAUUACCAUAUAUUCUUUGAUAAUUAUGCCGCAGUCGUAGAUAAAACGUCAUGAGAAAAGAAUUCCGAAACUCUUCCUAGUAUCCUGGAAAACAAUGAAACAGACGCCGGAAGCAGUCUGUUUAAAUGUUAAGUAGUUAAUUGAGGCUAGGUUAGGUUAAGUUUAGUUGAAAGGAUUCUUAACCACCCUUCCACCUGACCUAUGAGAUCUAGUGUGACUCAUCCCUGUGUUACACUUGUUCUUUCAGCCCAGCCUUUGUAACAACAUCUAUUAUAGCCUUUGGUGCAUCGAGCAAAAAGACAAAAGAGGGAAUCUAAUCGUUAUGAAAAGGAGACCAAAAAAGUGGCCUCUAAUGGCGGACAUAUCCGGAAAUGCGAAUGCGCCAAAUUUAAAUUUUCCGACACUUAUUAAUAGUAGCUAUAAAAUAGUUUUCAGAAUGUGUCUUAGACGAGACAGUUUUAAUUAAACAUUAACAAUAAUAGUCUAAAAUGUGAAACAAUUGUUAAAAA